AACACGCACUGUGCGUGCGAUACGUUUACGUUGCGUUCCAAAUCUCGUUUUCAAACCAUUGCAUGCUGGUUGCCGUAUUGUCGCCUGUUUUACACGUAGUGAAGCUCCGCCCCUUUCCUAUCAGCGGGUGUUAAUGGAGGUGCUGGUGGGUUGCAGGUGAGGAAAAAUGUCUUUGUACGACGAUUUAGGAGUGGAGACAAGUGACUCAAAAACAGAAGGAUGGUCAAAAAACUUCAAGCUUUUGCAAUCACAGCUGCAGGUUAAAAAGGCAGCUCUAACACAAGCAAAGACUCAGAGGACAAAACAGAGUACGGUUCUUGCUCCUGUAAUUGACCUUAAACGAGGCAGUACAGAUGAUCGGCAGAUUAUUGAUACGCCACCUCAUGUGGCUGCUGGAAUAAAGGACCCGGUUCCUAGUGGGUUUUCUACAGGAGAUGUCUUGGUUCCAUUAGCUGAUGAGUAUGAUCCCAUGUACCCUAAUGAAUUUGAAAAAGUGCUUAAACGUCAGAGAGAGGAAAGGCAACGUCAGCGCGAGCUGGAAAGGCAGAAAGAAAUUGAAGAGCGAGAAAAGCGAAGAAAGGACCGACAUGAAGCUAGUGGGUUUUCCCGCAGACCAGAUCCUGAAUCUGAUGAAGAGGAAGAAUUUGAGCGGCGUAAGAGAGUAAUAGGAGGAGCAGCCAUUGCACCACCUACAUCACUUGUUGAGAAAGAUCGGGAAUCCAUUGUGCCAUCUUAUGAUGAUGAACCUAGACCUCGUCCACCUAUACCUAAAGCAGCCAUUCCUCCGCCUAUAUAUGAUGAGCCAGAGAGACCUCGCUCACCAACUGGGCCCAGCAAUUCAUUUAUAGCAAACAUGGGGGGAACUGUAGCUCAUAAAAUCAUGCAGAAAUAUGGCUUCCGAGAAGGACAGGGUUUGGGGAAACAUGAGCAGGGGCUUAGCACUGCAUUAUCCGUUGAGAAAACCAGCAAAAGAGGAGGCAAAAUCAUCAUUGGUGAUGUGUCUGACAAACUUGACCCAUCUAAAAAAGCUGAUCCAAACCCUCUAACAGAAAUUUUAAAGUGUCCUACCAAAGUGGUGUUAUUACGGAAUAUGGUGGGUGCAGGGGAAGUGGAUGAAGACCUAGAGGGUGAAACAAAAGAAGAAUGUGAGAAAUAUGGCAAAGUUGCAAAAUGUGUCAUUUUUGAGAUCCCAGGAGCUCCAGAUGAAGAUGCAGUGAGGAUAUUUUUGGAAUUUGAACGAGUGGAGUCAGCUAUAAAAGCUGUGGUGGACCUUAACGGAAGAUACUUUGGCGGUAGAAUAGUGAAGGCGUGCUUCUACAACUUAGACAAAUUCAGAACUCUGGACCUUGGAGAGUAACAAUAACUGUAGUCCUGUACUUUGAGGGGACCAGUCUCUUAGUGCUGUGGACCUUGUGGGUCAUCUGCUCAAGAAAAUAUUAUGUAAAUUAUCACAGUUUUUUUUUUCCUUUUGUUUUUAUAGUAUAAAAAACAUUUUAAAACCACACUGAUCUUGUUUCUCCGUGCAAUUCUUUUUGUUUCAAUUAUGACAACAUGAUUUUGUCUAGAUCCUUUUUUCUAAACUAAAACUGGUAGCCUGUUUUCCUACAGCUUCCAUCCGAUAUUAAUGCAUAAAUCCCCUCAUCUUCUAAGGGUAUUUAUUAUCAAAUUAACACAUUUGUUUAGUUUUUUUUUUCUUCAACACAAUGGCAAGAAUUUAUGGAUGAGGUCACUAUCCAAAUUAAAACGUCAUGUGUACAUGUAAGAUCUGCCCUGUAACCACUGAGCUAUAUUUUUUUGUAGCAAAGUGGGAAUCUGAAAAAUAAAAUCUGGGAUAGCUCCCAGUGUUACCGCUCAUGUCAAGUGUUUUAUAUUCAAAGUAAUGAUUAAAUAAAAAUUUUUUGUGUAUAAAA